UAUCCCCGGGAACGGCCGGCGCGGCGGAGCCGGUGGGCGCGCGGAGGCCGGAGCGCUAGCCGGUUCUCGCUGGGCCUCGGCCCGUGCCCGCGCGGGUGCGUCCUCGCAGCGCUGCCCGCCUCGGCCCGCCAUGCGCCCGCCGGCCCCGGCCGCGCUGGGGCUGCUGCUGCUGCUGCUGCUGCUGCUGCUGCCGCCGCCCGAUCAGGCCGCCAAGAAGCCGACGCCCUGCCAGCGCUGCCGGGAGCUGGUGGACAAGUUCAAACAGGGCAUGGUGGACACAGCGAAGAAGAACUUCGGCGGUGGGAACACGGCUUGGGAGGAAAAGACGCUGUCCAAGUAUGAAUUCAGUGAGGUCCGCCUCCUGGAGAUCAUGGAGAGCCUGUGUGGCAGCAGCGACUUCGAGUGCAACAGGCUUGUGGAGGAGCAGGAGGAGCACCUGGAGGCCUGGUGGCUCCGGCUGAAGAAGGAGCACCCUGACUUAUUUGAAUGGUUUUGUGUGAAAACGCUGCAAGUUUGCUGUUAUCCGGGGACUUACGGGCCAGACUGCCUAGCAUGCCAGGGCGGUUCCGAGAGACCCUGCAGUGGGAACGGCCACUGCAGUGGAGAUGGCAGCCGACAGGGGGACGGGUCCUGCCAGUGCCACAUAGGGUACCAGGGAGUGCUGUGCACCGACUGCACAGACGGCUACUUCAGCUCACUGAGGAAUGAGACGCACAGCAUCUGCACAGCUUGUGAUGAGUCGUGUAAGACGUGCACUGGCCCAACCAACAGAGACUGUGCCCAGUGCGAAGUGGGCUGGGUGCGCGAGGACGGCGCCUGCGUGGAUGUGGACGAGUGCGCGGCGGAGCCACCCCCCUGCGGCGAGAAGCAAUACUGCCAGAAUGCCAACGGCUCGUUCGUGUGCGAAGAAUGUGACUCCACCUGUGUGGGCUGCACGGGGAAAGGUCCAGGACAGUGUAAAGAGUGCAUCCCUGGCUACACUAAAGAAAGCGGCCAGUGUACAGAUAUAGAUGAGUGCUCACUUGCAGAAAAAGCGUGUGUGAGAGAAAAUGAAAACUGCUACAAUACCCCCGGGAGUUAUGUGUGCGUGUGUCCUGAAGGCUUCGAAGAAACAGAAGACGCUUGUGUGCAGACGCAGACAGCGGGGGACGAAGUCACACAAGAAAGCCCAACAGAGCUGCCCUCCCGAGAGGAUCUAUGACGCGCGUCCAGCGUCAGGAGCCAGACCUGCCCCUUAAGUUAUUGAGACUAACAUCCUGGAAACGUGACCCUGCCCCCAUUCCUCAGGGGACCGCUGGAGGGAGAAGCUGCCUUUGAAGAGGUCACUGCUCAUUUGGCCCUUUAAAAACUGCAUUUUUUGGUUGUUCUUAAGCAGAUUUGUCUAUUUUCAUACCAUUCUUUCUAAUAAAAUUGACCAUUGAAGGCAGCCAGGCACAGAA